UGUCGGUGGACUGUGUGCUGACCUCCUGCCAGCAUUUGAGCGCAUCGGCGUCGCUCUGUCCAACACCGUGGCCAACGAGCGAGAACCAGCCACGGAGGAACACGAUAUGGAGUCGACCGCUGUCGCUGCCUUGGCUGACAGCCUUGGUAUACCACUCGAUCGCUGUGGUGUAGCCUUGGAAGCUCUUGACGUUCUCCAAGCAUCGGCCGAGGCCGACCUGGGCUGGUGCAUAUCCGCGAUCGGCGAGACUGCGAUACAACUCGGCGGCCUUGGAUGUGUCUCGCUUGGUUCCGUAUCCGUUGUGGCAGCAUUCGGCCAUGUAGAAUCGCGCCACCGGAUGGCCGGCAUCGGCUGCCUUCUUUACGUAGUAAAAUGCGAGUCUGCGCCGCGAGUCGUGCCUGGUGUCGCUCGCGGAUCCAGUGUCGUCGGACGCAUCGUCGUCAUCGGCAUCAUCAUCAUCAUCGUCGUCGUCGUCUUCGUCUUCGUCAUCGUCAUCGUCCGAAGAAUGAUGUGUGUCGUCGUUGUCUUCUGCCCUCGUCUUGAUUUCAGACUGGAGGAUCCGACCCAGGAGAUACGAAGCAGAACAGCGACCCUUGUCGGCCAGGGCGACGAGCCAGGAUCGGUCGGCUCCGGCUGGGUCGUCGCAGUGCAGCGAGAUGGCGAUCCGGUCGCUGGGUGUGAGGCCGAUUCGCAGCUGCCCGUCUGGACGACACAGCCCUGCUCCCUGGCACCAGUGGUCGAAGCGAGACAGCCUGGAGCUCAGGAGGAGCCGAGCCCGUUUGCACACGAGAAGCAGCGCCGGGAUUGUGGCAUCGUCGAGAGCAAGCUGGAAGUGGUCGUUGAAGGCCACAAUGGUGAAGAUGUCUGGAAACAGGAGGACUGGCUCUGCGGCAUCGGGUGAGGCAUGGGCGCUGACAAGGGUGGCUGGGGUGGCUGCCAUGGCGUGCGAUCGGAUGCGGAUGGUGUCGGAUGCGGAUGGUGUCGGAUGCGGAUGGUGUUGGAUG